GCCACCGCAUUGUUUGAACACUGAGGGUUACGAUGUUGGCAGACUUUUUAACUUCAGUUGGUGCCCCCUUUGAUGCACCGUCCCUGCACAAUGCCAUGCACUGCGGUGUCAGAAUUAUACAAUCAAGUUCAGCCAAACCGAUUUGCGGGACGAGCACCCCGAUGAGCGGGGUUUCUUGGACCGGAGUCACCCACUCGACAUCAGUUUGGUUACGACGUUCACGUGUCACGGACCUCUUGGCCUUCUACCUGCUCUACGUUUUGAAAAUCGGCCGUCUUCGAAACGAGCCUGUGAGACUUUUGUGGUAUGACUUCACAACUUCAUUGCAUUGCUUUGGACCCCUACGUUUAAUCUCAUUACAACUUUAACUUCAGAGCUUCAUUUGAGUUUCUGAGUUGUGGUUUCAGUGUAUAUUUCUGUUAACGGGAAAUCCACUCGGUGUAGUGUCUACAAAUAUCGAAGCUGUAUUACAGAUUCCGGACAUUUUACCGACCUGUUGCCGCAUCAAUUGACUAAGAGAGAUCAUGAGUGCCGACACAAUGCGAGCUCCCACCUACAACGUGGCGCACCUGCUGAGCGCAGUUCAGAGCGAGAUGACGCGGGGCAGCGAGAAGGGUGACCCCAGCGAGAAGGGGCUGAAAGUCACGCUGGAGGACCGGGACCUGUGGAGGCGGUUCAGCAAACUGACCAACGAGAUGAUAGUCACUAAGUCCGGAAGGCGGAUGUUCCCCGUGCUCUCUGCCUCCGUCACCGGCCUGAAUCCAAACGCCAUGUACUCCAUCCUGCUAGACUUCACGCCGGCCGACGAGCACCGUUGGAAGUACGUCAACGGCGAGUGGGUACCCGGAGGAAAGCCGGACUCUCCUCCGCCCAGCACGGCCUACAUCCACCCGGACUCACCCAACUUCGGCGCGCACUGGAUGAAGCAGUGCGUGUCUUUCAGCAAAGUGAAGCUGUCUAACAAACUGAAUGGUACAGGACAGAUCAUGUUAAACUCACUCCACAAGUACGAGCCCCGUAUCCACGUCAUACGAGUCGGUGGGCCAGAGAAACAGCGUCUCAUCCGUAGCUUCAGUUUUCCCGAGACGCAGUUCAUCGCCGUCACGGCCUACCAGAACGAAGAUAUUACGCAGCUCAAGAUAAAGUUCAACCCGUUUGCAAAAGCCUUCCUUGACAUCAAAGAAAAGGGCGAGCAUGAUCUCGACGAAUGCCACGAUCACCAGCAGCCGAGAUACCCACAACUUGGCAGUUGGUUCUUACCGAGUGCGGGGACACUUUGUCCACCGAGCCCACACCACCAAUUCCCGCCGUCACUUGGUAUGCCUUCCCCGGUAUCUCACAGUUGUGCCGUGGAGAGAUACAGCAGUCUACGGACUCAUCGAUCGACACCGUAUCCUCCACCGCCCUACGAGCAGAAAUAUUCCCCUACAAGUGCGUAUGCUACCGACGCAUCAGCAUCAACCUUGCCUCUUCUCCCCACCCAUGAGGCGUGGUCUCCUCUUGGUAGCUCUACGCAUCACACCAGCAACAUCACCACCACCUCCUCGCAUCAGUACGGAAGCGUCUGGCCUCCCGCUACCUCCUCCGCAGUCCCUCCCGCCUCAAUUAGCUGCAGCGUGGGUUCCCCCGUGCCAACGUCCCUACUUAGGGCAGCUUACACCAAUUACAGUCAGCCCAGCACCUCGUCCAUCACAGGGGUGCACCGCCCGCCAGUUGGAUCAAUGUCGUCGUGCGCCGGGUACCAGAACUACGGCAGUCCUUCUGAGGCACAAGCAGGCCUAAGCACCACCGACACGAGUGGGACCUACCCUGCCAUUGCAAACCAGCUUUGCCCCGGUAAAGUUGGCGCUUGGAGCCCGCUUACCCCACCCUCGCCAGGAAUGUAAGUGUCCGGUAUUGGGAAAAAAACUGAACUCUGAGUUAUCUCGUUGAAAACAGUAAACGCAAUGCCAUUGUAUGCAAAGAUUCUCUAUAGACAAACUGCUGGACGUUUGCAGCGAUCAAGUCGACGUCGUAUAAACAUUUUCCAUUGGACAAUUUGUAUUUGGUCAUCCCUGGAAUGGUUUCCUGUUUCCGUCUGUUGCUGCUGGUAGCUAAUAAAAACAAAUUGAUAUCCUGUGGUAAAUGAAGCCAACUGGCUUCCUAUCGGUGAUAUACCUCAUUAAAUUAUUACAUGUCUUAUGAUAAAGACAUUUGGUACAGUAAGAUUCCAGGUUGAGUGAGCGAAAGACGGAUGUACAUGUAGUUCUGAAUUCAGUUGCUGUCAGUUUCUGCAUGACGUAAACGAUAGCAGGCUAUCGUUUAUUAACAGACAGUGUCAGUCCCUUAGAAUAUCUAUCCAUAAUAAAUACACGUUAUUCUAACCUUAGAUUGUACAGGAUUAUAGGUGGUUCAUCGUGUUACGAACAAGACGACAGGGUAAAAGACUGUAAAUAUUUUUUAAGUAUCGGUACAAACCACGUAAUAUCUCUCAAUAAAUUGAAUCCACGUUUCCUCGUAUAAUGUGCUACUUGCAAGUACAUCGAGCAUUUAUUUUUAUUUUCUUUGAACUUCUGAAAGCGGUAGGAAAUUUUUUUUUAUUUCCGCAAGAGCACAGUAUGUAAGAUUUAGAUAUCGAUUAAAAGUGGUCUUGGUACUGUCGCUUCACUUUGAAGGACAAUUGAGUUUGCUAUAAAUUGAUCCACCUGCUUUUAACUGCUUACUCUUAAACUCGAGAGUAGUUUGUGUACAGGUGUAAUCAUAUCGGUCGUUUUAAAGAACAGCCACAACCCGCACUACAGCUGGAUUUCUGCACCUGUUAAAUGCAAUCAAUACUGGUUUCAUCUUUGUUUUUUGAAAGAAAUGGUUGGGCAGGGAAGGAGUGGAUUUGAUAAUUUUUUUUACAAAAGAUUUUGUACAUUUUUGAGUCGUAGAACCUUUAUUCUUCUGCAUGGAAACUCUGACACAGUUGUAGAUUUCAUUUGCGGUACAAAUAAAUAUUAAUGCAUGAACAUGUACAUGUAUUUUUAUAUCAAAAAGAAAAUGUGACAAAAAUUCUUCUCAUUUAUUGCUAAACGGAGUAGGGUCCGUCAUUCGUUGUAAAUAUUGAAUGUAAAUUUGAGACACAAGCCAAAUAAAAUUCAUUUACAAAGUUUAGAGAGAGA